AUGCUAUUGGUUAAACUAGGCAUGUUUCUUCUCGAAAUCCGGGGAAAGCGCCGGUUUCUCCUUGCUGCUUUGCGCAACCUAAGUCCAGAAACCACCAGCGGUAUUGUUUCUCGUGGCUUCUUCUGGUGGCUCAAUGGCCUACUGAGGCAUGGGUUCAGGGACAACUUGUCCCCUUCAGCCCUUUACGCCGUCGAUGAGGGGCUGCAAUCUGGCAGGCUUCUCCAGAUAAUUGGCGGGCAUUGGGAUCAACAAAGAGGAAAAGGAAAACAUGCACUCUUGCGAUCGGUCUGCAGCACAACGAAACUGGCAUUUGUGUUUACGGCCAUACCCCGAUUUGUUCUGAUUGGCUUCAAGUUCUCUCAACCCUUUCUGAUGAACAGAAUCAUCAAAUACGUUGACGGGGACAAAAAAGGCCAUCCCGAGUCUGUUGGAAACGGCUUAAUCAUUGCUACUUUUCUCAUUUAUCUAGGGAACGCUUUAUCGACGGGCUUUUACCAACAUAGGCUCUUCUACUACAUCACCAUGAUCCGUGGAUCUCUGGUUUCUCUCGUCAUGACAAAGAACCUGGACUUCUAUCCGGACUCAGCGAUCGAUUCUUCAGUACCACUGACAUUGGUUAGUACCGAUGUGAGAACGAUUUGCAAAUCUUUUGAAGCCAUCCAUGAGGUCUGGGCGAACCCGAUCGAGAUCGGAAUUGCUGUCUGGCUACUUCAGAGGCAACUCGGUCUUGGUAGUAUAGGAUCGGCUAUUACGAUUAUCUGUUGUGCCAUUGGCACGGCCAAAUUAUCGAAGCUUAUGCUCCGAGCGUCUAAGAUAUGGAACGAGGGUAUCCAGAAACGCAUUACAGUCACGACGAAGGUCCUGAAUUGCAUCAAAGAAACAAAGAUGCUUGGUAUGGCGAACUUCUUGCAACAGACGAUCCAGGAUCUUAGGGUCUUGGAGUUGUGUAAAGCAAAACAGUAUCGUACCCUCAUUACGUACAUGAACCUCUUAGGCAAGUGCGAUUUUCAUGUUGUACUUUCCCUAAUUGCUACUUUUGGGAUUGCGGUUCUGGCCCAGAAUAUCAACGCCGGGUCGUCGCUUUCGAUUGCUACGGUCUUCACGUCACUUUCGAUUAUUGACCUGAUUGCCGGACCUCUUGCUCAGUUGAUAUCAUCGGUACCAAGCCUCGUAGCAUCUCUCGGAAGUUUUGAAAGAAUUCAAGCUUUUCUUGAACGAAGCACAACAGUAGCGAUCACGGUUCCGGGCAGUUCAUCAACAGUGGAAUUUACCAAAAACAGAGCAGUACAGUCCAGUAAUGGUAUUGAGCUGCAGUCCACACUAUUUGCAACUCCAAUCACCGAGGAGGAUGUUGCAGUGGUCAUGAAUGGUACCUUUGCACUGGAAGCUGGGGCUGACCCUAUUUUGCGUGAUAUCAAUCUCCGCAUCGGAACUUCAACAGUCACUAUUGUCACCGGACGAGUGGGUUCGGGUAAAACAACUCUUCUUCGAGGUCUUUUGGGAAAAAUCUCAGUGGGCGGGUUGGUCAAAGGCUUCAAGAGAGGUGUAGUUUACUGCUCACAGACGGCCUGGCUCAUCACCUCAACUGUCCAGGAUAAUAUUUUGGGUCCGAAAGAUUUGGAACUUGACUGGUACAAUCAUGUUUUGCAUGCCUGUGCUCUGGAGCACGAUCUCGCACAGCUUACUCACGGGGACCAGACUGUGGUUGGAAGCAAUGGCCAAUUGCUCAGCUGGGGCCAGAAGCAGCGCGUUGCUUUGGCACGAGCAAUCUAUUCAAGAAUGCCGAAACCCGUCCUUGAUGACGCAUUAAGCGGACUGGAUCUUUCCACACAAAAGCACGUCUGGGAAUGUCUUUUUAGUCCUACGGGGCUUAACAACGCUAUAGACUGGUUGCGAUCAGUUCUACUGACCUUAAUCGAAGUGAACUAUCUCGGUUAUGCAGAUAACAUUGUUAUUUUGGGGGACAAUGGCAGGAUUGUCCAACAGGGUAAUCUUGAAGCCAUCCGCCAUAGUGCGCACCUGAAAGGCCUCGCUAUUGAAAACAGCAUGUGUGGCAAUUCAAUGCCCUUUGAAAAGCGGGCAACAUCGGGAUCUUGCCGGCAGACUGGAUCACCAAGAAGGGAAGCAGAAGCCGAUCCAGAGCGAGACCUUUCCAGACAAGCUGGCGAUAUCACACUUCACUGGUACUAUCUGAAGUCAAUCGGGUGGACUUAUGGGUCAGCCAGCGCAGUCUUCUUGUUCUUAGACUGUUUCGUCCGUGUCUUUCCUCAACUCUGGCUCAAAUUCUGGACCGAAGAUGAAGCAGAGACAAGCUCUGCAGAUACAUCCAUGUAUUUCGGGGUCUACAGUGCCAUUUCUUUGAUAGGUUUGCUUGUGAUCGGCAUCAAUAUCUGGAUCGUGUUUGUUAUGAUAGUGCGAAAAUCAUCUCAGAGCAUGCACUGGACGCUAUUAAAGUCGGUUAUGAGAGCACCCUCAUCUUUUUUUGCCACUACAGAGACCGGUGACUUGAUCAACAGAUUCAGCCAAGACCUGUCCCACAUUGACAGAGACCUCCCUGUCGCAUUUUUCAUGACCUCGACUGCCAUUUUAGACUGCCUUGCUAGAGGUGUUCUUAUAGUGACUGGUGCUAAAUACCUGUCGAUCGUCAUCCCGUUUAUUCUCAUUGCCCUGUAUUGCCUACAGGCUUUCUACUUGAGAACCUCCCGACAAAUGCGAUUGCUCGACCUUCAAGCCCAAGCACCUCUUCUUACCAAGUUGAUCGAGACUGUUGGCGGUCUGUCGACUAUCAGAGCCUUUGGAUGGCAAGAAGCCUUCAUAAAAACAUCACUUGACCUUCUGGACCAAUCACAGCGCCCUUACUAUCUGUUGUCUUGCAUACAGCGCUGGCUAACGCUGGUCCUGGACCUGUUGGUUGGUGCUAUCGCUGUUUUGCUUGUCUCGAUGGCCCUGAUGAUUCCAAACGCAACUAUUCCUGGCGCCAUAGCUGUUGCGCUUUACAACGUCCUUGGAUUCAAUCAGUCAUUAGCUAACCUCAUCACUUCCUGGACAGAGCUUGAGACAUCGCUAGGAGCGAUCUCUCGACUUCGAACAUUUGAAUCACAGACACCAAUUGAAGAAUCACCCGCUGGUGAAGACUCGAUCAGUCUUCCGCCUCAUUGGCCUUCGCAAGGACAAAUUGAGAUUCAACGUAUUACAGCAUCAUCCUCGGCGGGUUCAAAGCCGGCGCUCAGUGAAAUCUCCCUUUCAAUCAGCCCAAAGGACAAAGUCUUAAUCUGUGGACGGACAGGAAGUGGCAAGUCGUCGCUCACUCUUGCCAUCUACAAGCUCCUGAACCUAGAUUCUGGCUCGAUCGAAAUCGACGGCAUUGAUAUCGCCCGCGUCCCCACUGACAUUCUUCGCCAACGCCUCAUCUCCAUUCCUCAGGAACCGUUUCUCUUCCCUGGAACCCUACGCACAAAUCUCUACCCCUAUCACGACGUCUUGGAUUCCGAAGAGACACCGUCAGAUGAUUCCCUUGUCACUGCACUCGAAAAGGUCACUCUUUGGUCGUUGAUCUCUAUCCGUGGAGGCCUCGACACCGAUAUCUCCGAAAUUCCAUUAUCAAAGGGACAAAUGCAGCUUCUGUGUCUUGCAAGGGCUAUUGUCAGGAAGGACUCCAGUAAAAUUCUGAUCCUCGACGAAGCUACUAGUGCUGUCGAUCAAGAAACUGAGGAGGUGAUGGGCAACGUCAUUGAGUCCGAGUUCACCGCCCAUACAGUUGUUUCUGUGGCUCAUCGCCCGGAAGCCCUACGGGGCAUUACAAAGGUGGUAACUAUGGAAUUAGGUAGGAUUGUAUAA